AUGUUUUCUUCGUCGAAUUCCUUCCGCGGCGGUGGCGGCGGUGGGCGCCCCGGCCAGGCACCAUUCAUGCAACAGCAGCAACAGCAGCAGUCACCAUACUUGCAAUUCCCUCAAGGUCAACAGCAGCACCCGAUGCAGCCACAGCCUACAGGACUGGCUCCGCAGCCAACUGGCUUCGCUGGUCAACCCUCGCCGUUUGGUAACUCGCUACAACCUCAACCCACUGGGUUCCCCGCAGGACAGCUCCAGCCCCAUUUCACUGGCUUCCCUGGACAGCAACCACAACAGCAGCUACAACCACAGCUUCAGCUGCCGCAGCAAACAGGUUUCCAGCAGCCUCAAUAUACAGGUUAUCCUCCCCAAAACCAGCAAUCGGCGCAGCCCCAACCACCCUCGCAAUUGCAACUCCCCCAGGCCACCGGGCUUCCUUCUCGAGUAAAGACUUCGAGUGAGAUAGCAAACUCCUUUGCCAGUGCCUCUGCUCCUCCUCAGGUCCCACCCAAGACUGGAUCCAAAAUCCCGAGUAUCCGACUCUCAUUUAUUACAGUCCAGGACCAGGCCAAGUUCGAGCAGCUCUUCAGGUCUGCGGUCGGCGAUAGCAAGACAAUGGAUGGAGAGAAGGUGCGAGACCUUUUGCUGCGAUCUAAGCUUUCCGGCGGCGACCUUUCGAAGAUCUGGGUCUUGUCGGACUCUACCAAGUCUGGACAACUGUUCUUCCCCGAGUUCGCAUUAGCUAUGUAUCUCUGUAACUUACGCUUGACUGGCCGGGAGAUUCCUGCUAGUUUGCCAGAGACUGUCAAAAAUGAAGUUUCUAGUAUGGUCGAUAUCAUUUCGUUCGACGUUCCAGAUACCCAACCAGCUCCGCGAACCAACGCCCCCAGCUUUGAUGCACCUCUUAUGGAAAGUACGUCUACGCCACCUGUUAUGCAACAGCCUCAGCCUCAGCAAGCGAGCAAUCAACAGCUCUUAUCGCAACUGACAGCGCAGCCUACCGGAUUCUUUCCCCAGGCAACCGGCAUGCAGCCCCAACAGACUGGUUUCCCCGGUGCAAACCAGUCGCAGUUCCUGCAGCCCCAGCAGACAGGAUUCAUGGCUAACCCACAGGCUACCGGGUACUCUGGUCCUCGGCCUCCUAUGCCACCUAUGCCUACAGGAUUCGCUUCGAACCUUAGUCCUGCACAGACUGGUGGGUUAAUUGCUCAGCCCACUGGCAUCCCGGGUCAAUGGGGAUUUAUCAACACUCCUGCCCAAGGAUUACCCAACAUUGAAGCCAUGAAGCAGCAGCUGAUGCCCCAGCCUGGCCGUGAGGGUGGUUUUACAAUGUCCGCUCUCUCAGGUAAUGCAACAGUUGCAUGGGCAAUCACCAAGGAGGAGAAGAAGAUCUACGAUGAUUUGUUCCGUGCCUGGGAUGGACUGAGAAAGGGAUUUAUCAGCGGCGAGACGGCCAUUGAGAUCAUGGGCCAGAGUGGAUUGAACCGUAAGGACCUGGAGCGAAUUUGGACUCUUGCAGACCCGCACAACCGCGGCCGCCUGAACAUGGACGAAUUUGCGGUUGCCAUGCAUCUGAUCUAUCGAGCUUUGAACGGGUACCCAGUUCCUAAUCGCUUGCCACCUGAGCUCAUUCCUCCUUCAACCAGACACUUGAAUGACUCCAUUGGAACCAUCAAGUCACUUUUAUCUCAGGAUGCUGAGACCCGUAAAGCCACCGGGGCAUUCUUGCAACCGCAAAAGACCGGUGUCAGCUACCUCAAAGACCAUUCCUUCCGGGGCGGCGGUGGGUCGACACCUGGGGCCAACCGUAAAGAUGCGACUAUGUUCAAGAACAAUGACUCCGCGGGCGGCUAUCGCUCGAGUGCGCGUCGUCGUGUCGGAAAUGACACUCGCACUCCAUCUCCCGCCCCUUCUUCUCAAUACUCUGAGGGAGAGGAGCUGACUGUGGAGCAGCUGGCCAAGAAAAUCCGCGAGGCUAAGAUCAUGCUGGAUGCCACUGAUUUCCAAGAUGAAAAUAGAGCAGAGGAUGAUGACGCUCUCGACCGUCAAGAUCGCCGCGAGGCUGAGAGUCUGAUGGAUCGGAUUCGGCGUGUGCAGGAUGACAUUGAUACUCAUCCCGACGCUUCGUUCCGCAAGUUGGAUACUGGCGCCGAACGCCGAGCUCUCCGCCGUCAGCUCCAGUCUUACGAGGACCAGGUCCCGCAGGUUGCUUCUGACGUUCGUCGCAUUGAGAGGGAGAUCGCGGACGCCAAGCUUGAGUUGUUCCGUCUCAAGGAUGCCAAGGCUCAUCCUGGUGGCAGCGCGAGCAUUGUUGGCACUGGUCCCGGUGGUUCAGUGACCGAGUCAGACCGGAUCAAGGCUCGCGCUCGUGCGCGCAUGCAGGCACGUGCUGCUGAACUAGCGGGACGUCCCGCUCCCGCAACCGAGGAUGAUGAUGGCCAGGCUGCUCGUCGACUGGAGGCUGAGAGCGCCGACGCGAAGACAGAGAGAGAUCGUAAUGAGACCAUGACUCGCGACGUUGAGGAAAGUGUUCGUGACUUUGCUCGCAGCUUAGAAGACAGUCUGCGCGAAGAAGGAGAUAACUCCACCCGUGAGCACGAGAAGCGCCGCUGGGAGGAUGCACUGGGCGUGGAAGAUACUAUCCGUGAUUUUAUCUACGACUUGAGCCGCAACGGCCGGACCGCUAGCAUUCGCAAGGAUGAGCGCGAGAGGACUCUCCACCCCGCUCCGGCUGCGGAAGCCCCAGUAGCAUCACGCCCUGCUAUGCCAGCUUCCACUAACUCAUCUUCCUCUAUCCCUGGAAACACACACGAAGAUCGCGUGGCGGCUGCCAGAGAAAGGGCCCAGAAGCGCAUCGCUGAGCGUAUGGCCGCUGCUGGUUUGAAGCCUAAUGACUCGAGUGAGACUCUCCAGCAACGCCAGGAUCGAGAGAGACGAGAGCGUGAAGAGCGUGUCAAGCGCGCAGAGGAGGAAGAUGCCAAGCGGGAGCAGGAGAGACAGCAGCGCUUAGCUGAGGAACGUGGUGGCCCAACCGCUGCGGCAGCCGCGGCAGCCCCGAAGGCUGUCGGCAAGAAGCCACCUCCUGCUCCUCCAACCCGUAGAGCCCGGGCUGAUAGUGCUGCCAGCCAUGCAGACACAAAGAAGACCGAUGAGGCUGCCGAGGCUGCCAAGGCCGCUGAACAAGCUGUGCGUGAGCAUGCCAUUAAAGAGGAGCAAGAAAUCCAGGAGGCUGAAACCAAGCGUCUUGAAGAGGAGUCUAAGCAACAUGAAGCAGAAUUCCAAAGAGAAAAGGAUGCCCAAGCAGCCCGUCUUCGUGCUCUAGAGGAACAAGUCCGCCAGGGUAAGGUCAAGAAGCAAGAAGAGAAACGCCGCAAGGAAGAAGCUGCCCGAUCAGCCAAGGAACAGCAGGCCAAACUUGAAGCUCAGCGUGCUGAGAUCGAGGCUGCUAAGGAGCGUGAAAGACAAUUGCAGCGUGAACUGGAGGCUAUUGAUGACGAAAGCUCAUCGGACGACGAUGGGCCAGAGAACAUCACCCCCCAGUACAGCACUCCGACCCAAAGUCAGGUCCUAUCACCACCUCCUCCUCCCGUUCCUCAGGUUUCUACUCCUGAGCCUGAGCCUGAGCCUGAGCAUGAGCAGCCAGCUAGCCCUGAAGAGACCAGUCGAUCUCUUCCUGCGGCCACCCCUGACUCCGAGUCAAAGAAUCCUUACUUCAACUCGUUGCCUCAGCCUACCGAAGCUCCUCAGGUGACCCCUCCAGCUGCCGCCCACUCUACCAACCCAUUCUUCCGCCUCGCGCAACAAGAACCUAUCAAGCCAGCUUUCACUGGCGCAGCCCCACUCGAGCGCAAGUCCCGUACUCGCCCCGAGGACGAUGACGACUGGUCUGCCGCUGGGUCUGACUUCGAGUCAUCUGACGACGAAGAUGACCGAGUGGGUGGUGGUAGCGCUAAGCAGCUCGCCAGCAUCUUGUUCGGUACCAUGGCACCCCCACGUCCCUUGAGUGCCAUGGAUGAAGAUAAGUCGGCCACCCCAGUUCAAGAAAGCCCUAUUGCUCCUCCUCCCCCGCCUCCUGCGGCCUUCACCCCUCCACCUCCCUCUUUACCGGAGACCGAAGACUCUUCAUCCGCACCCCUCGCACCACCCCCUCCUCCCCCACCUCCAGGUGCUGCUCCCAUUUCCAUCCCCCCUCCCCCUCCCCCUGUCCCGGGCACUGGAGCGCCACUAGCUCCCCCUCCACCUCCACCGGUCCCAGGUUCUGGCGCCCCAUCAGCUCCUCCCCCACCUCCACCAGCUCCCGGCGGCAUUCCCCACCCCCCUGCUCCUGCCCCAGCAGCAGGUGGUGGCAUGUCUGCUCUACUCGCCUCCAUUCAAGCCGGCAAGGGUCUCCGAAAAACGCAGACAAACGACCGUAGCACAAGUAGCUCUGCCGGUCGUGUGCUGUGA